AUGUCUCUGCGAACAGCAACACGGAUUCUGUCCCCACGGUGCGCGGCAGCUCGCCUUGUUCAGCCUGCUCGGCGCCUGGCCUCUACAUCUGGCUCGAGCUCGAGCUCAUCCUCACAUGGGCAAUGGGGCCGCUAUAGCUGGCGCGCAGCAGCGUUGGUUGGCGUAACAGCCCUCACGCUGUACUCGACCACAUCGACGGCGAACGCGGACGCACCCAAGCCCAAUGGCAAGUUCAUCUCUUACGAGGAAGUGCAGAAGCACAACCGGCGCGACGACUGCUGGGUCAUCAUCGCCGGCAACGUGUACGAUGUGACCGACUUCAUCGCGGUCCACCCUGGUGGCGCAGCGGUGAUCCUUCACGCUGCGGGGCGUGAUGCAACAAAGGUGUUCGUCCCACUCCACCCGCCUGACAGCCUCCAAAUCCUGCCGAAGAGCAAGCACCUCGGCCCAGUUGACCCCGCCACGCUUCCCGAGGAAGACGAUGAGCCCACCGAGGAGGAGGAGCGGAUCGCCGAGGCUCGCGCAGAGCUUCCUCCAGCAGAGAGCAUGCUGCUGCUAAACGACUUUGAGGAAUGGGCUGAGCGCGUGCUCACCGCCACGGGUUGGAACUACUACCGCUCGGCGGCGGACAGCGAGGCGACGUUCGACAACAACGCCGCCGCGUUCAACCGGUACUUCUUCCGGCCCAGGAUUCUGAGGGAUAUCACUGAGGGUAACCUCGAGACAGAGGUGCUGGGCCAGAAGACGGCCAUGCCGGUCUUCAUCUCCCCCGCCGCUAUGGCUAAGCUCGGCCACCCCCUUGGCGAGGUCAAUCUCACUCGUGGGGCAGGUAACGCGGGCAUCGUACAGGGCAUUUCGAUCAACGCAUCGUGUUCGCUCGACGAGAUCAUGGCUGCCCGUCAGGCGGGUCAGAACGUCUGGUUCCAGAUCUAUCUCAACCGCGACCGCGCGGCGUCCGAACGCCUCCUCGAGAAAGUGACGGCUCUCGGCGCCAACGCGAUCAUCUUCACCGUCGAUGUAGCAUGGCAGAGCAAACGUACCCGUGACGUGCGAGGCAAGGCGGCGGUUGCGGCCCCGAUCGAAACUACCGACGCGGGGAAAGGCGAUCGCGGCGGAGCAGGCAAGCAGGGCGCCGGCGUGUCCUCAGCCAUCUCGGGGUACCAGGACCCGCACCUUGUGUGGAGCGACAUUGAGUUUAUCCGCCGCAACACUACCCUCCCCAUCAUCGUGAAGGGCGUACAGAGCAUCGAAGACGUCGCCGCGUGCGCCGAGGCUGGCGUGCAGGGCGUCAUUCUGAGCAACCACGGCGGAAGGAGUGCCGACUAUGCACCGGCACCGAUUGACUUGCUGUACGAGCUGCGUGCGCUCCGCCCCGACCUCUUUGACAAGGUCGACAUUAUGAUGGACGGCGGUGUGCGGUCCGGCGCGGACGUCGUCAAGGCCCUCGCACUCGGUGCCAAGGCUGUCGGGCUCGGCAGGCCAUUCCUGUACGCCAACUCGACACAUGGGCAGGAGGGCGUCGAGCGCGUGUGCGAGAUCCUCGACGAGGAGAUCACUAACACGAUGCGCAACUGCGGCGUGUCUCGCGUCGCCGACCUCAAGCCCGAGAUGGUUGGGCCUGCGGGGCCGUGGGUCGGUGCCAACCGCCCUCCAUGGCUGUAG